UGUCAGUACAAUCAUUGAAUGCCAUCCCAUGAAUUCAGAAACACAUGGGGAAAGUUUUCCAAUGACAGGAGCCUAGGGCAAAGGCAACGCAAACGUGUAAAUUCUGAUGAGUGAGAAUUGUUGAAUGCAGCGUUGAGUUUGAUGGAAAUUGAAAAUUACGGAUUUGGAAGCAACAUCAAACACCAUUGUCGACGAGCUUCACACCGCAAUCUUCAUUUUAUAGUGCAGCAUGACCCAAAGCAGCAAAAAAAACGGGCGCAUGUCGUCCCUCAAGAAAGUGAACGCUGUUCCGAAAGUGUUGAACGUUAAUCGGACGCCCAGCCGACCUAAAAAACGAAAGAGUAUCAAUCUUGUAUUCGAUGAGGAAAAGAGACGGGAGUUUUUGGGAGGAUUUCACAAAAGGAAAUUGCAGAGGAAGAAAAAAGCCCAGGAAGAAUUACAGCGACAACUCAAAGAGGAGAGAAAGAAAAUAAAGCAAGAUGCACGUGAAAGCUACAAGAAAAUGUUGGUAUCUCGAAGAAAUAUCCCAGAACUGGAGGAGCUUCUUUCAAAAGAAGAGUACGAGGUAGAAGGACACACUGUAAGCGUGUUGGAAUUGAACGCUGCAGAUUUGGCUGAAAAGAGUAAUUGGAUAGGAGAAAACAGAGUAUCUUACGACAUUGAGGAAGAAGAUGAAAAAGAAGAGAGUGAGGAUGAGGAAGAACACAAUGAAGAACAAGAAGUAGUUGGUAUGGAAUUGAAAGUAAAAAAAAAAAAGCAAAUUGAAAGUGAUGAAUCUGAAACAAAAGGAAUAAAGAAAAGUGGACUAAAAACAAAGAAAGAAGUUCAGCGAGUGAUUAGACGACAGGCAACAAAGCAAGUACAGAAAAGUAGAGCCUUCCAGUUAAAACAGAAAAUAGAACGUCAGAAAAACAAAAAAGCUUCUUUACAAAAGAAGAUGCUGCGCGAUAAGGUCAGCAAAAAAGGUUCACAUGAAGGAAAGACUAAAAAGAAAGCGCGGCGGUAGAAUUAGAAUUUUAUAAUUAGGUUAGUUAUUAACCUAUACGGACGAAAUAGGCAUUUAAAAAAAUAUUGAAAUGAAUUAUUUUGAACUCAA